AUGGCUCAACAAUUAUCUAUUACUACCACUAUUACUGUUCCUAUUACUACCACUACCACUACUACUGUUCCUAUUACGACUACCACUGCUACUACUACUACAACUGUUACAACAAUUAGUAAUCAAUCAAAAUAUCCAUUUACUCAAUCUGAAUUGCGAUUAAAUUCUGAAAAUUCGCGAAGUAUGAAUGCUAUUGCUAAUAGUGAUUUAUAUCAUUGUCAAGAUACUAAUAAUCGUAUUGAUAAUGAUAAUAUCAACAAUUUCUAUCAUAAUCCAAUUUAUUAUCCUAAUGAUUAUCAUAAUUUAUCAGUGAAAAAAUAUUUUUCUGUUGAUCAUUUCAAUCGAAUGGUUUUUGAAACACCCCAACGACGAGUUACAAAAAAAUGCCGCCAUUGUAGGAAACAAAAUUUGUUGAAUCAAUCAUUUAAACAUUGCAAGCUUAUUUCAACGAAAGUACAGCCAGCUUCAUCGCAAAAGCUUUAUUCAUUCCAUUUAUCACUUGAAAAUUCGAAUAAUGUAAAUGCAAAUCAUUCAUUCGAAUGUUCCUCUCAUCGUGAAAAUAUGUCACUAUGUAUUUGUGAUACGAUUUUAAAGAAGAACGAUUCAUGUAGUUCUAUAUCACAACUUUUUACUACGGAAAAUAAUCUAUGCAGUUGUUUCAACAACUUAAAUAAUGUUGCUGAUAAUGAUAACGAUAGCGAUAGUGACGAUGACGCUCAUAAGAAUAAUGGUAAUAAUGAUAAUGAUGAUGAUGAAGAGGAAGAAGAUGAGAAGAACGAUUCGAUUAUAUCAAAGGAUCAACAUUUUAAUAUAAUAUGGUGUAAUGAGAAUCAAAAUGGUAUUAAUGAUGGUGAUAAUGAUAAUGAUGAUGAUAAUGAUCGUAAAUGGAUCGCUUCUCAUUCUAAAGAAUCACAAAUUGAUCAGGCCAAAUUUAUAGCAAUUGCAACGGAAAAACUUUUAACAGCAGAUCGAAAUAUGAAAGAAGCACAGCGUUUCAAUAUUUCACAUCAAAGAAUGAGACGAGCGAGUAGUUUGUGUAAUAUAUUUUUCUUACGAAAAUUGCUAUCAAUGGAAAUUAGCAAUCCGAUAUUGAUUAGUAGUACGAAAUCGACAGAUUACUUACGAUGUUUGCCGAAAGUGCAAACACUUCAUAAUGGCUUGAAUGAUGUUAGAAUUUUUGCACAAAAAAAAAACUUUAGAAUUAAUGAAAUGAUAUAA